GCCAGUGGCUCAGAUCGCGUUGUGAGAUCUACAAUGAUCGCGGAGCUAGAUCUGAAUCAGCAUGUCUAACAAAGAACGCCGGUUUACAACCGACUUUCACCUCGUACUCAAAUCCUACCAACCCCACAGGCCCACAAACGUUCCGAUGACGAGUCGACGAGGAUCUUCGAAACGUCCCGCUUCAUCUGAAGAGAUUGAUUUCUGGUCCCAUGCUGGGGCCUCGUUAUCCACGUUGUCAUCGACAAUGUACAAUGAACCAGCCACAGGGGACCCUAUUGGAAGAGUCAACCGACUACUUUUGGCGUGGCCCACAGACGAUAAUCUGCCAGCAGAAGGUUAUGAAAGCGUGCGAUCGACGUACAAGAAGCUCACAGCUGGACUGACCGAAAUCAAAACAGCAGCUGAGCGAGACGUAGAUGCCAUAGAUAAAGCGAUUGAACAACUCGAUGUACUCAUCGCGCUCCGCAAAGCCCCCGAAAUUGCCCCACCACAAGAGAAGCGAAAUAAGCGGCCUCGAGCACACUCCCCAGCAAUAGCAUCCGCGCCCGCUGUUCCUGCACCUACUCCUGCGGUCCGCAGUGUCACCCUGAACCUUCCAGCUCGCAAUUCUGUUGGACCACAGUCCUCAGUACCAUUUUCCCGGGAGCCUAAGGCACGAAGGGAAGCUUUAGCCAAACAGCUUCCUCUGCAGGAAGGCAGGAAAGUUGCUUUUCACCCACCACAAAACUCCAAAGGUGCCGACAGUACUACCGGAGGCAAAGACGAAGAGUGGAUAUUGGCGGUCGUCAUUGGUUGCAUCAACCAGGACAAGAAUAGAUACGAGGUCCAAGAUCCUGAACCUCAAGAAGACGGACAACCGGGACAACGUUACAAUACUACACUGCGCGCCAUCAUCCCACUCCCCGAUCCGAAUGCACCACCAGAUAAUGCCGCUCAUCUCAAUGCAUAUCCCGAGUUUUCGGCCGGCUCGACCGUGAUGGCUUUAUACCCCGAUACGAGUUGUUUCUACCGGGCGGAGGUAGUGGCCAGUCCUCGUGACAUACAGCCAGCGGGAAGGGGCGGUGCAUCUUCAACGCCGACGUACAAAUUGAAGUUCGAAGACGAUGACGACCAAGAACAUCUGGUGUCCGCUCAGUGGGUCGUUGAAUGGCCUGGUGGAACGUGACUCUUUGACGUUGACCAAUGAGCAUUCCUGCAACAUGGCUCUUGGUUGCUGGGCGUGUUCCGCACAUCUGCCACCGUAGUGCAUUGCAUUUCUGAUAGCAGCCUGCUUGUCUCUUGACUAUACCUACACGCUUUGACCAUUGCAUCUACCUGUUGUAUACCUAUUGAAUUUGUACCGUCUGAUUGACACCGCACGUACCGUUUCGCUCGCCAAUGUCAUGAUCUUGAAUCGGGUGGAUAACAUGCGAAUACGAAAGUCAUGCCACAGUCUGAAGACUGUGGUACGUAAGGAUGCUGUCAAACCAGGCAGUUGCGGUGACUCAGCCGC